AUGGCCGAAGUUGCAAAAAAUAAGAAUACAGAAAACCUGAAUAGAAAUGAAAAGCAAAGUGAUGUGAGGCAGAUGAACAUUUUGGCUGCCAAGGCAGUUGUAGAUGUCACGAGAACGAGCUUGGGCCCCAAGGGAAUGGACAAAAUGAUUGAAGAUGGAAAAGGAGGAGUAAUCAUUACGAACGAUGGUGCAACGAUUCUAAAAGAAAUGGCCGUGGCACAUCCAACUGCAAAAAUGAUUGUGGAGUUGAGCAAAGCACAAGACGUAGAAGCAGGGGAUGGAACAACUUCAGUUGUGGUAAUGUGUGGAUCGCUUUUAAAUGUAUGCAAAUCGUUGUUAGAUAAGAAUAUUCACUGUCAGAAGAUUUCUGAAAGUUUUUUUGAGGCAUCAAUGAAAAGUGAAGAAAUAUUAAGAAAUAUGUCUAUCCCAAUAGAUUUAAAUGAUAAAAAUAUGUUAAUACAGAAUGCAAUAACAUCUUUAAAUUCGAAAGUUGUGUCUCAUAAUUCUUCACUUCUAGCCCCAAUAGCUGUAGAUGUGAUAUUAAAAAUUACAGAUAUUAAUAAAGAUAGAAAUGUUGACUUGAACAAUAUAAGAAUUGUAAAAAAAUUGGGUGGUACCAUUGAAGAUACAGAAAUUGUUGAUGGGUUAAUAUUUACAAGCAAUAAAAUAAGUAAAAGAGCACAUGGAAUUAAAAAUUUAUCUCAGGCUAAAAUUGGAUUAAUACAAUUUUGCUUGUCAUUACCCAAAACUGAUAUGGAUAACACAGUUGUUGUGAAGGAUUAUAACAGUAUGGAUAGAUUACUAAGGGAAGAGAGAGUAAUAAUUGCAAAGAUGAUUAAAAAAAUUGCGUCAACUGGUUGUAAUUUAUUGUUAAUACAGAAAAGUAUAUUACGGGAUGCUGUAAAUGAUUUAGCGCUUGAUUUUUUAGCGAAAUCCAAAAUUAUGGUUAUCAAAGACAUAGAGAGAGAAGACAUUGAAUUUAUUUCAAAAACCUGUAAUUGUAUUCCUGUAGCUAGUUUGGAUUAUUUUACACCUGAUAAAUUAGGUUAUGCUGAAAAUGUUGUAACAGAAUCUAUUGGAUAUGGUGAAAUUGUGAAAAUAACUGGUGUAGAAUCAAAGAAUACCAUAUCGGUUCUCAUAAGAGCGUCAAACAAUCUUAUGCUAGAUGAAGCAGAAAGAUCAUUACAUGAUGCACUAUGUGUUGUUCGAAGUUUAAUUAAAGAAAAAGCAAUAUUACCAGGUGGUGCAGCACCAGAAAUGGAACUGUCACAAAAAUUGUAUCAAUGGGCAAAUACGCUUAAAGGGUCUAAACAAAUUUGUGUUAAAGCAUUUUCAGAUGCAUUAGAAUUAAUUCCUUACACAUUGGCUGAAAACGCUGGUUUAUCACCACUACACAUUGUUACAGAAUUGAGAAAUAAACAUGCAGAGGGCCAUAAGUACUAUGGAAUCAACAUACGAACCGGAACCAUAUCAAACAUGAUUGAUGAAAAUGUCAUACAACCAUUGCUAGUCACAUCGACGGCGAUCAAAUUAGCCACCGAGACUGUCAUGAUGAUUCUAAAAAUUGAUGAUACUGUAAUUUGUAGAUAA